AUGGUCAAUCACGGUGGUGCUGAAGUCAAUGAAGGUGAUGUAGUGAAUGAGGGUAAUCAAGCAGUCAAUAAGGGUGGAGAAGCAGUCAAUAAGGGUGGAGAAGAUGUCAACGUUAGUGAGGUGCAUGUGCAACAAGACUAUAAUAAGGUGGAACUCACUCCUUUAGAUUUUGAUGCAUCUAGAAAUGGAGAACCUGGCAAGAGAGUUGGUGGUGAAGAUGCACCGGGGAAUUCAAUAGCUAAAGCUCUUACUCUAGAUUAA